AUGUGUGGUGCUAGCACGUUUAAAAUUAUACAAACAAGCAAAGGAAAGAGGAAACUUGUAGGCUAUUUUGAGAAUUGGGAGGCCACACUCAAGGCCUUAGAUAUUCCUCAAGUUUUCCUUAUUACUAAUAAAGAGUUGAAAUGGUGUCAACACUCCGUUCCUAUCUUGAAGAAACAGCACAUGUUGAAGGCUAAAAAUAUUCCGAACAAGAAGUCUGGUGGUACUGGACAAAGUUCGAAUAGUAAUCAGCCUAAGAAAAAGGAUAAGAAGUCCUCGACCAAAGCUGCUAAGAAUAAUAACCAGUUGAUGAACCCAAAUUCUCAGAAGAAGGCAAAGAAUUUCUCAAAGAAAUAUAGUGCAUUCUUAGCUGCAGAAUUUUUUAUAUUUUAUUUUCUCUAUAUGCCCGUUGGCUAUAGAGAUUUCGGCCUGGAACUCAAAUGGGAACUGAUUUUAGCCUGGAAUCUGGAAAUAAAGACCGGUGAUUUCAGCCCGGAAUUCAAAUGGGGACUGAUUUUAGCCUGGAAUCUGGAAAUAGAGACCGGUGAUUUCAACCCAGAACUCAAAUAG